CCUAAAAUGUCACCACUUGGUGAUAGAGACAUGAUGAAGAAGUUGCCCCUGGACUUAAUAUUUUGUAUCCUAGUUCGUUUGUCAGUCUACGAUAGAGCAAGAACUAGCGCCGUGUCAAGAGAAUGGAGGCAGCUCUGGCGAAUGAGCUUCCAUCUACGUCUAGAUAAGUCACUUUUCUCACAGCUGACUUGUAAUAAAGACAAAGACGCGCACCAAUCUGUUAUUGUCAGAGCUCUUGAAAUGAUCUUUUUAAGUCGAAUUGGCCUAAUACAGAGUAUUUCGUUCUACAUUCCUCCAAAUCUUGAUCAGUGCCCUGUGGCUCGGUGGAAAGACCACAUUUUUAAUCCGAGGAUAAGAUGGUUAGGGCUUUGUAACCUUCGAAACAAAGCCUAUGAGAUCCCCUCGUGUUUCUUUGAUUGUGUGGGCUUGACCAGCUUGCAGCUCCAUACAUGGAUAUUGAAUUCCCCAUAUAAAUCUACAAGAUUUGCUAAUCUAGUACGGGUUCGACUAGGAUAUGUCAAAUUCACAGCUGACAUUUCAUUUGGGACUCGACUAAGGUCACUCGUCUUAGAACACUGUACUGGAAUUCAACACUUGGCCUGCCAAUUCACAAGUGAAAACCGUCUUAUAGAUGUGCGUGUCACUGGGAGUGAGCAACUUGAUUGGAGAUGGUUCGAAUGCACUUCACUACUUGAAAUCUUGAUUCUGAAAUACAGUUACUCCCCAAAUUAUAAACCCAAGAAGCCCUUCAAUAUGACCAAGUUUAUUGGUAAUCUGCCAAGAAUCUAUGCUUUCUGUACAAACGGCUUCGCUCUCCAGGUCUGCCGACCUGUACUCACUAUGAUAAAUGGGAGAGCAACAAAAUUUGACAACUUGAAAGAGUUGGGGUUGUGCCCGCUUGGAUCCUAUAAUUUGUGUCAGAUUUCAAAUGCGAUUUACUUAAUUAGAUGUUUCCCCAGCUUGCGAAGAUUUUUGGCAAUACUGGUCGAUGAUAAGAGGGCAAAUCCACCAGAUUUAGCAAGCAAUUUGGACUCUGUAGAUUUGAAAGGCACAUCACUAUGCCAACUUCACACGGUCGAUGUAUUGGGUGUCACGGCUUCCAACUAUGUCUUCCACUUGGUGAAGCUAUUGCUUGCAUCUGCUCCGUCGCUUAAAGUGAUGUCACUACACUGCAGCGGGGAAGUUACUGAUCCUGGUGAAAGGUUGAAGAUUAAACAAGAAUUGCAACGUUUUCCUAAAUGUUCGUCAGGGGCACAAAUUUUAUUGCUUGGAUUCGAGAGCAAGUGAAACUCAUUGUCUUUCAUUCUAUUUAUCCCCAGAAAACUUGUAUUAGCUUUAAGUAUUUUACACAUUUUGAUCAAUAGCAAUAAAUCAGAGUUACCCGAUCAUAAUUAUUUUGCUUGAAAUUGAGAAUUUUGACACUAGGUUUGAAAUGAGCUUCAGAUAUCUUUAGCAGCAGCAACAAGUCCUCGUGAAGCAGCAACGACAACAACAGCAGCAACUGCACAUCGCAAACAAGCUGCAUUGAUGAAAGAAGCGCGAAAAUUAGCCCAAAACUGAUUUCCAAAUAACACGAAACCAUCCUGCAGACGAAAUGAGACGAGAUCAUACCUAGCAUAGAGGCCACCACUUUUCGGCUCAGGGUGCUGAGGUCUCUGGACCUGAUACUCCAUCUUUUGAUUCACUGGAGCUUUCUCUGUCGUCAUGAUCUUCACUUUCGGGCAACAGAUUGAAGCAGAUGCAAAGAAAGAAGUACGCGUUGUCGAUUUAAAGGCUCAACAGCUAGUGAAAGAGGCACAGGGAGCUUGUGUUGAUCAAUGUAGCCAUAAGUGAAGUAGUUAUCUUUCUGUUUCAUCAACCUUGUAAUAAACCACCUCACAUUGUAUUUCACAUCAGUGUUGCGGCAAGUACAUCUAACUCUUAAUUCCCCAUUUCCUCAACCGUGUAAUAAAUUCGAAUCUGGUGUGCU